UCAGUUCAUGCAACAAACAAUAACAGUUCAUCGCCACACUUCGCCAAUUUAGCUCAUCAUAAUAUUAUUUAUUAAAGCGAGUGCUUAGUGUCAUUUUUCGUUAAGAAGUUUCUUCAUCAGCCAUCCAAGUCCGAAAUGAAGGGUUACCUAAUCUUCGCCGUUUUCCUCAUCCUCGUCAUCGGCACUGAAAUUGCCCUUGGGGACUGCCUUUCUGGAAGAUAUGGAGGCGCGUGUGCCGUGUGGGACAACGACACUUGCCGCAGAGUUUGUAGUGAAGAGGUACGCAGAAGUGGCUAUUGCAGCCCAAGUCUUAAAUGUUGGUGUGAGGGAUGUUAAGAUGCUUUAACGACG